UUUUGAAAAUGUCACGACAAUUGAAGAGGAAGUAGCGGCUCUUUUGAAAUGGAAAUCAAGCCUUAUAAAUCAAAAUCAUUCUCUUCUCACUUCUUGGAAGAUGAAUUCUACUGGGAGCAAAACAAGUCCAUGCGAGUGGUAUGGAAUCCAUUGUAACAACGAGGGAAGUGUUGCUGAACUGAAUGUAACCAGUUUGGGUUUACGAGGUACGCUCCAUAAUUUCAACUUUUCAUCUUUCUCAAACUUGGUUAGUCUUGACUUGAGCCUGAACGAACUUUUCGGAACCAUUCCAUCCCAGAUCAGUAAUCUUACGAAACUCACGCACCUUGGUUUUCAUUCCAAUAAUUUUUCUGGACAUAUUCCACCAGAAAUAGUCUUUCUUACAAGUUUGCGAUAUUUGGACCUUUCUCAAAAUCAAAUAAGUGGAUCCAUCCCUCAGAAAAUUGGAAGUUUAUAUUCUCUGUUUGAUAUGAGGUUGAACGAGAACAAUCUGACUGGUUCAAUUCCUACUUCUAUAUCCAAUCUGACUAAUUUGAGCAUUUUAUCAAUCCAUCAAAAUCAAAUCUCAGGUGUUAUUCCUCAAGAUAUCGGAAGGCUAAGUUCUCUUACCCUUUUAGCAUUGUCUAAAAACAAUCUCAGUGGUUCAAUCCCCACUUCUAUAACCAAUUUGACUCGCCUGAGCACUCUUUACCUGUUUGAUAACCAGCUUUCUGGUAUCAUUCCUCGAGAUAUUGGAAGGCUACACUCUCUUACAAUCUUAGGCAUGCAUCAAAAUAAUCUUUCUGGUUCAAUCCCUAUUUCUAUAUGCAACUUGGCCAACAUCACCUUUUUAUCAAUUUAUAAAAAUAAACUUACUGGCGCCAUCCCUCGAGAUAUUGGAAAGCUAAGGUCUUUAAAUACCUUAAUAAUGUCCCAGAACAAGCUCACUGGUGCCAUCCCUCCAGAUAUUUGGAAGAUAAGUUCUCUGACUUCCUUGCAUCUGUCCAUGAACAAACUCACUGGUACAAUCCCUGCUGCUGUGGGUAAUUUGAGAAAUUUGACGUUUUUAUGUCUUUUUCAAAAUCAAUUAACUGGUUCGCUGCCGAUAGAAAUCAAAAGUUUAACACAGUUGGAAUUUCUGUAUUUGAGUCAGAACAAGCUCACCGGUGGAAUCCCAGCUUCUUUAAGUAACUUCAAAAAGUUGAGAGAGCUAACUCUUUUUAACAACCAAUUAACUGGGUCAUUACCUAUAGAUUUGAACAAACUAAACCACUUGACUUUAUUAGCUUUGAAUAACAACUCUUUUUCUGGGAUAAUACCCACUAGUAUAUGGCACUGUACCAAUCUUACAUAUAUGAAUCUUGGCAACAACUAUCUCACUGGAAAUAUUUCAUAUGAGAGUGUAACAGCUCAACAAUUGAAAUAUCUUUUAUUAAAUGACAACCAUCUCAGCGGUACUAUUCCUAAGUCCAUUGGUAAGCUUCAAUACUUGAAAGUUCUCCAGUUAUCCAAUAACAAGUUCGAAGGAAAUAUACCCACUGAGGUUUCUUCUCUACGUGACCUUCAGAUCCUUUCUUUAAAGUCCAACAAGUUCAACGGAUCAAUCCCCCAGAAGAUUAAUCAUUUGCGUCAACUCCGUAUUUUGGAUUUAUCACAAAAUAAUCUCACAAGUCUAAUUCCUAGCAGCAUAGGGAACCUGAAGAAGCUAACAAGUAGAUUUAAUGACACAGUCACGAUUUCUAGUUAUGACUUGGGGGGAGUACGAUUGAAUAUGUCGAUCAAAGGUAACGACAUCGAGAUUGUGUUACUUUUCAGCUAUACCUCAGCAAUCGAUCUAUCGUGCAACAAUCUUGUUGGAAACAUUCCAAAAGAAUUAAGUUUAUUAAAAGGACUUUACAUGCUUAAUUUAUCCCAUAAUCAUUUCUCUGCUAACAUCCCUACGAAUUUUGGAAAUAUGUCUGGUUUAGAGUCUUUGGAUUUAAGUUUCAAUAGAUUGUCCGGAGAUAUCCCGCAAUCCUUGACAUCAAUAGACUCUCUUGGAUUUCUGGAUUUGUCUUACAACAAAUUGAGUGGAAAGAUUCCAAGAGGAGGUCACUUCGAGACUUUGAGUAGGGAUGGUUCAGCUUUUCUUGGGAACGAUUUAUUGUGUGGAUUCCCAAUAGAUAGGGUUUGCAAGGGUGGCCAUAAUGGUGCUGGCAACAAUAACACUACCAUAAAAGUCGAAGAAGAUGUUCAAGAGAAUGCAAAUGAAAGACUAUUAUUUUACCGUGUUAUCGUUUUGGGUUAUGGAUUUGGAUUUUUGGGUUUGUUCUUCGUUCUUCUUCUUAACAAAGAAAAAUGGUGGUUCGGGUAUUGGAGAAUUAUUGAUUCCAUCGUCAUUAGAAUACUCGGUUGUAAUUACAAAAAUAAUUGAUAGUAAUAC